UUUGCAAUUCAACAAAAAAAAUGUUUUUGUGAUGAAAAUAUAAAAAUAAACUUUAUUUACAAAGAAAAUGUUAUGAAUCUCUAUCCAAAUACGGACAUAUAAAGAUCAUGUCGAUGGAGGAGGAAAAAACGGAGAAUGUGCCGAAAGUGUGGAAACCAGAAUUGUAUAAAAUACAAUUGGAAGCACCCGUUCCAAAACCUCUAUAUACCACUAAAUUCCUAACAAAUAAUUUUGAGAAUGAAGAGAAAAUACCGAAUUUCUAUGGAAGUGAGUAUCAUGGGCGUAUGAAUCACAAAGAAGCCGAUGAGUUAUUGAACAAUAAGCCCGAUGGAAGCUUUCUCGUGAGGUUGAGUCCUGGAGCAGAAGACUAUUAUACACUUAGUUUGCGAUUUAAUCGGAAAACUAAACACUUUAAGAUAUACUUUAAAAGUGGCCAAGGUCAUUAUCUUCAGGAGCAAUCAAAGCACUUUGAAACCGUUCACGAUCUUGUGGCCGAUGGUUUGGUUAGUUUUUAUAUGCAACUACAUGCUGCACCUAUAAUCAAUGAAAUAAAUCAACAAACGGGCAAUUCGUAUCAAUCAAGCCCUUAUAUGACAUUGAAUAGACGAAAGUUGAGAGCACUUUCCAAUGAUUUGCGAAAGUCCCUUGUGCACAAAACCAAUGGUAAUAAGGACUAUUCAGAGGACAACAAUGCAGCUGCAGAUUUAAAUGAAAUAACAGCAGAAGUAGAUGGGUGCACUGUAAGCACUGCCAAAAAUUCGGAUAAUGAUGUUGAUGCCUUGCUACCGUUUGUAUACGAAAAAGACCAUGCCUUUAAAGUGCACACCUUCAAGGGGCUUAAUUGGUGUGAAGUGUGUGCCAACUUCCUAUGGGGAUUCACAGCUCAGGGCGUGAAAUGCGAAGACUGUGGCAUAGUGGCUCAUAAUAAAUGCUCUGAAUUAGUGCCAGCAAAAUGCUUACCCGAUUUGAAAAAUAUACGCGGUGUAUUUGGAACCGAUUUGACCACAGUUGUACAGUUAUAUCAAUGUUCUAUUCCUUUUGUGGUACGUCGAUGUGUCGAAGAGGUUGAGGCGCGUGGUAUGCUACAAGAAGGUAUUUAUCGUGUAUCUGGUUUCGCCGAUGAAAUAGAUGCAUUGAAAUUGGCUCUUGAUAGUGAGGGCGAAAAGACGAAUAUGUCUGAAUCAGCGUAUAGCAAUGUUAACGUUAUAGCGGGAACUUUAAAGCUAUAUUUGCGACUGUUGCCUGUACCAUUGAUAACGUUUCAGGCCUAUCCCAGUUUUAUGGAGGCAUCAAGAAUUAACAAUCAAGAAGACCAAAUUAAAAGAAUGGCUGAUUCUGUGAAAAAGCUUCCGAUGGCCCACUACGCUUGCCUUAAAUUCAUGAUGGAACAUCUAAAAAGAGUUGCUUCCCAUUAUGCUGUUAAUAAAAUGAACGAACAUAAUUUAGCUACUGUGUUUGCACCCACAUUGAUAGCUACACCUCAGCAUCUUACAAAUUUAACGGAGGAAAUCUUCAUGUUAUCAUCCUUAAUAACACACUGUGCGCUCAUCUUCAAUUAACAUACACCCCGCACCUAAGAGUAACUAUAAGCGUUACUCAUUGUGUUCUAUUAAAAUUUAUGACAUAAAUAUUCAAAAAAGUGCACCAAAGUAUUUAUUACAAGUCUCGGUCUUCAUUGAAAAACAUACAUAGCCACAUUUCAGCGACAACAUGUAACCAACCCUCCAUAUACUCCCACUAUGACCCACAUAUUUUACUCUUAGAGCAUUUAUUUAUUUCUAGUUUAUGUACGUAUGAUGUAUGAGUUUUUUGUACUUUUAUAUACCCUAGGAGAUACGAAAUAGAUAAGCAAACCAUACAUUGGAAAUAAAAUCCAAAUGAGAAAAUUA